AUAGCGCAAUGGGAAAAGUCAAAGGGGGGCAUUUAGUCGUUGGUUGGAGCCUGCUUUUCAGCUCUGUAGCUCAGACAUGAUGCAUCAAGAUAUUUAUUUCCCAUUUUUUUUAUUAAAAAUAUUCACAUCAACCACCUAAGAACUAAAAUCAGAACUGAAAGAUUAGAUCACCCUUUUUCAUUGUUGUUUUCCCCUUAAAUGUUCAAUUGUUGGCUGCUCAGCUAAAUUUGUUAUGAAUCUGGAAUCCUCGUCUGAUAGCGAGAAAAAGUUGAGAAGAAAGAGUAAGUAAGAAAACUCUGUUUAGUUCUGACUUUGAUCCCCUUUUCCUUUUUCCCACCGUUCUGUUAUGUGGAAAAGUUGUCUGGGUUUUCUUUGAUCUUGUUUUAGGAUUCGCUGCAUGUUUUCAGAUCUGUGGUGGGUUCUGAGACUAAAACUACGUCGGUUUGAUUAGAUUCAUCUCUGAAAUUGAGGUCUUCAUUUUUGGAAGCCACUGGCACAUAAUCAGCGACAGUAUUAUAAUCAGAAAUCUUCCCAACCGGCAUUGCAAUUGAACUGACUCCAGAAAUGUCGUUCCGUAGCAUAGUUCGUGAUGUGAGGGAUAGUUUUGGGAGCUUAUCUAGGCGGAGUUUUGAUGUUAGAUUGGUGGGGCAUCAUAGAGGAAAAUCUCAUGGUGCUUUACAUGAUCUGCAUGAUGAGCCGCUUGUAAUUCAGAACGGCCGUUGGGCUAAUCUCCCUCCCGAGCUGCUUACUGAUGUGAUCAAGAGGUUGGAAGAGAGUGAGAGCACAUGGCCUGCACGAAAGAGUGUUGUCGCAUGUGCUUCAGUUUGCCAAUCAUGGAGAGUCAUCUGCAAAGACAUUGUUAAGAGUCCUGAAUUCUGCGGGAAGCUUACUUUCCCGGUGUCUCUAAAGCAGCCCGGGCCACGUGAUGGGAUUAUCCAGUGUUUCAUAAAAAGGGAUAAAUCGAAACUGACAUACCACCUCUUUCUGUGUCUUAGCCCUGCCUUACUAGUUGAAAAUGGGAAAUUCCUUCUUUCGGCACAAAGGACACGCAGGACUACUUCCACUGAGUAUAUAAUUUCUAUGAAUGCUGACAACAUUUCAAGAUCAAGCAGCAGUUACAUCGGGAAGCUGAGGUCAAACUUCCUUGGCACGAAAUUCAUAAUAUACGAUACCCAGCCUACCUAUACUGCCUCUUCUCAUGUGCCUCCACCAGGCCGAACGAGUCGAAGAUUUUACUCCAAGAAAGUUUCCCCUAAAGUCCCUACGGGCAGCUAUAACAUAGCUCAGAUUAGUUACGAACUAAAUGUUCUUGGUACCCGUGGCCCACGGAAGAUGCAUUGUAUUAUGCAUUCUAUUCCGGCCUCAGCUCUUGGUGUAGGUGGUUCAGUCCCUGGCCAGCCAGAGCUUCUUCGUCACCCUUUGGAGGACUCAUUCAGGAGCAUUUCCUUUUCUAAGUCUCUUGAUCAUUCGGUCGAGUUUAGCAGCUCUCGGUUUUCAGAUGUUGGUGUGUCUCAUAAAGAUGAUGGAGAUGGGAAUAUGAGACCCUUGAUCCUCAAAAACAAGGCCCCUCGAUGGCAUGAGCAAUUACAGUGUUGGUGCCUGAAUUUCCGCGGCCGGGUAACGGUUGCGUCCGUUAAGAACUUUCAGUUGAUCGCUGCCACGCAACCAGCAUCCAGUGGCCCUGCCCCACCCGAUAUGGAUAAGGUAAUCCUACAGUUUGGGAAGGUUGGCAAAGAUAUGUUCACCAUGGAUUAUCGAUAUCCCCUAUCUGCAUUUCAGGCUUUUGCAAUCUGCCUCAGCAGCUUUGACACGAAAUUAGCUUGUGAAUAAAAUGCUAAAAUUUGUGACCAUCGGAACACAUAAAAAGAUGAAUGACAAAUCUUUCAACUCUCUUCUUUUUGCUA